UGCCGCCUCGGAAAGGCGUCAGCUCGCCAGUCGUACCUCAUGUAGUCAGUGAAAACGGGACUUAAAUGUUAGGCAGCAAGAACUCGAAUGCUCAAAUGGUGUCUUAAAGUUUUACCUUUAACUUAGUGUUUUGUCGUUAAUAUAAUGUGUUUGCAAUUUUCGUCGAUCCAUUGAACUUCAUUCGUCCGAGGGAUUUUAAUGCAACGAAUUCUGUCGGCCAUUUUAGGGCUGUAAAAUAAAGUGAAGUAAUCGUGGGACAGGGACUGUCUCGAGGGCUUCAGGUACCCGACCACCAAUGAUUUUAGUACAUAGAGACUUGUCUACGGUCUACGUGGGACAAUCUUAUCGCCGGGUCAACUCAGUAUUUAUUUUUAUGUAAUCGAAUUGUCGUGCGAGUGGAUUAAAGUGAUUUUGCAUCUGGCGGAGACGUUUUUUGUUCACCCGGGACUGAGGGCCUCAAUGCGUUAUUAUUGUUCGUUGGGAUUGUCUGUUGGCGGGCCUUUCGAAAAUAUUUUUUUUUCACCAUUUGUGGACUAAUUACCGGCGGUUAUUUGGCACUCGAGGGCACAGGAAAUUUUCGAGAUUAGAGGUAAUUUGAUGGUGUGGAACUCAUGAAUGAGUGAGGAGAUUGUCGUCGAGGACAGACAGAGCAGUAGUGUCGAGGUACCGCCAGCUGAUGACCACAGUGCGCACGUUAUGCCACUACUGUAUAUUCAGCCGAAUAAAUUAGCCAGUAGCCAGUCACCUACGACGAAUCAGGCCCUGUUGGGGAGCAAUCAGUCACCACUUACAGCGAUAAUCAAUCCUAUAAACAGCCCACUCGUAGGGAACCAGAAUAAAGUUUUUUUCCAGAGCCCCAGUUCGGGAGCUUUACCCCAGAGUAAACAACAUAUUGUAAUAAGACAUCCUAAUGUGAUAGGAAAUGUCAAUGCUACGACACAGAGUCAAGGACAAAAGCACAUACUUCUGAGGGGACCAAACACAUCAAAUGCCCAGAUUUUACCACUGACCAAUGCAACACCUGGAGCUGUUGCUCCAGCUGGUUCACCAGGUGGUAAGCACGCAUUUGCUUAUCUGGGGACACUCAUCAAGCCCAAUAAAAACAGGGAUUCUGUGGUGAUUCCUGCAGGGGCAAUUCCUGCACCUCAGAUACAGAAAUCAAAGCUAGUGAUUACACCGAUGAUCCCUGCCAUUAGUCAGACAUCAAGCAGUACGACACCAGUAUCGCAAACUCAACCCCAAAAGCACAUGGCUAAUUUGAUUUUACCAGUGUCAAUUGGCCAGUCAACAGGAGCCAGCAAACAAAGUACGUUGAACCUACAUUUCAGCAAUGGUCAAAUUAGUACUGAUAGCAAAGGAACCUUCACAGUGCUGCGAGAGUCAAAAUCCACUAACGCCACGUCCUACCCACCUCCACUGCAUCCAAUAACAAAGAUGAGUCUGCUGAAUGUCACCAAGAAUCCCAACAACAGCUCGGACAGUAUAAAAAUAACUGAGAAUCCAGACUCGGCUGUGAUAACGCCGAUUCCAAAGAAAGAGGAAGCAAUGGGGUCGGAGAAACGAAAGAAAACGAUUAGCAAUAUUCUCCGGGGCUCUACGGAGAAGAGACCCAAGAAGCAGACCUUCCCGAAGAGUCAGGACAGUAUGGACAUGAGCUAUUCAGUGAGCAGCCCUGAGGGAGAUCAGGACAGUGGGAAGAGGUCCAAUGAUGACGAGAUCACUCUGAUCAAAGUCGUCCAGGGGGAGGACAAGACUAGAAGAAAAUCGUCCAUUGAUGAUGACAUCAAAAUCGAGGUUGUCAAGGCUCCCACCAACAGUGGGAGCGCGGCUUCAGGGACUGACAGGCAGGAUAGGAAGAAUGAGAAGGCAAAUGGCAAUGGAAAUUGCGAGGAUAUCAACGAGAUCAUUCAUGGCAAUCACAGCGAUCCUAACUUCGAUGCUACUAAGGCUUUGGAUUGGAAGGAUGGAGUUGGCUCACUACCUGGCAGUAGUUUGAAGUUUCGCAUCAAUGAAUUUGGAAUGAUGGAAGUCGUCGAUGAGGACGACAACUCCAAACAGGACAAGCACAACAGUGGAGAUAAAGAGAACGUCUGUCUCUCACGAAAUACAAGCAAAUCGACUCCCGUGACAACGAGCAGCGAUAAGAAAAAUGAAGACAAAAAAUCACGACAAUCAGUCAGUGCAGAUACAUUGUAUUGCUGUGAGAGCUGUGGAUGUUACGGAAUGGCUGCUGAAUUUGAAAGUCCAAUAUCAUGUAGUCCAGCUUGCACUGAGAUGAUUGGAAUGAAAAAACAAAUUGCUAUAAAGAAGGAAAAGGAAGCGAGAGAGUUGCGGGCGAAACGAAAGCGCAAAAAACUCCUGAUGCAAGAGCAAAAUUCAAAAGAACCCACCGAUAAACCACCUGAAGUCGAGAAUGAUGAAAAAGAGGAGAGAGACAUUGAAAGGGAAAAACCAAAGGCGAGGGAGAAAAUUCAGAAGGAGGAGCGCAUGAAAUAUGAAAGUGACGACGAGUCGAGAGAUACUUCAACGACUAAUAUGGAUGAGGAAAGCCAGAGUGACAAAAUAGAACCCAAGUAUCCCUGGCAAACCGGAAAACAUGGAUUUUCAUGGUCCAAGUACCUUGAACAUUGCAAAUCAAAGGCAGCACCGGUUAAACUAUUUAAAGAUCCGUUUCCAUACGGAAAAAAUUUAUUCAAAGUUGGGAUGAAACUCGAGGGCAUUGAUCCUGAACAUCCUUCGCGCUACUGCGUUCUGACUGUAUUUGAAGUAGUUGGCUACAGAAUACGUUUGCAUUUUGAUGGAUAUCCUGAGAACUUCGACUUCUGGGUGAAUGCGGAUUCAAUGGAUGUUUUUCCGGUUGGAUGGUCUGAAAAGAAUGGACACAAAUUGGAUCCACCCAAGGGUUACGUGCCGACUAAUUUCAGUUGGAAUGCGUAUUUGAAGACUUGCAAGGCUACCCCAGCCCCCAAGACAGCAUUUUCAAGCAAGAGUGCUGUUUUUCCCCCGACGAGUUUUCGUAUCGGCAUGAAGUUGGAAGCAGUGGACCGUAAGCACUCGUCCCUGGUGUGUGUUGCCAGUAUAGCAGGCCUCAUGGACUCUCGGAUUCUGGUGCACUUUGACUCGUGGGACGAGGUCUACGACUACUGGGCCGACGCCAGUUCCCCAUACAUUCAUCCAGUGGGCUGGUGCUACCACAACGGCCACAGUCUGACGCCACCCAACAACUACAAGGACGCCAAGUCCUUCACCUGGGACGCCUAUUUCCGAGAGACGAGAUCAGUCGGCGCCCCAGCUCGAGCCUUUAAGCAGAGACCACCCUGCGGUUUCAAAAGGGGAAUGAAGUUCGAGGCUGUGGACAAACGAGUCCCCCAGUUGAUUCGAGUUGCUACCAUCGAGGAUGUCAAGGAUCACAUGAUAAAAAUACGGUUUGAUGGAUGGCCGGAGAGUCACGCCUAUUGGUUGGACGAUGACUCUCCUGAUAUUCAUCCUGUUGGCUGGUGCAAUAAGACUGGGCAUCCCUUGGAGCCACCCCUUACACCGGAAAUUGUCACCGAUAAGACUGAGUGCGGAACCCCGGGCUGUCGGGGGAUUGGACACAUCAAGGGACCCAAGUUCGCCACUCAUAACUCACCCUCGGGAUGUCCUUACUCCCAUCAGAACCUUCAUAAAAUUAGAUUGACCACCGACAGGCUCAAUGUCAAACACGAAAUCUGUGACUACGAUGAGGACUCGCUCGACAGGGGGAAGGGUGAUAGCAGCUUGUGGAGGAUGAGGGAUAAGUGCCAGGAUAAACAUGUCAAGAGCGAAAAGGACGUCAAAGUCGAGCCGGAGGACUUCGAGGAAGCAACGGAAAGAACGAGUAGAAAACAGCAGCACAGUGAUGGGAAUACUGAUGAGGAGGAGAAUACGUCAAGAAAACGUAGAAAAAGACGUCACAUAUCCGAGGAGCCUCUCUGCCCUUCGAACUCAGGAUUCGACACAGUCACCUAUGCACCAAAUAUUCCGGACAAACAACUACGUACCGAGCUCUAUCAAUCUGUUUACGAUCCUGGAUACAGUCCAAUGCCUGAUGCACCACAUGUAUGGGCAAAGCACAGCAAUGCACUGAAUCGUGUUGUUACCAAACAGAACAGCAAUCCCAGGAGAUGGUCUAAUGAGGAAGUCAUCAAGUUUAUACAGAGUGUGCCUAAUUGCAAGGAGGUGGCCAGCAUUUUUAGGAAGCAUAAUAUUGACGGUGAAGCAUUUUUAAUGUUGACUCAAGAAGAUUUGGUAUCGCUUCUGGGCCUUCGUCUCGGACCGGCUAUAAAACUGUACAACAGUAUUGUACUUCUACGUCGACGUGCCACAUGAAACGUGCUCAACAUUUUAACACCCACCAACUGAUCAUGUUCAUUGUAAUUUUCACCAUUAUUCUCUUUCAUUCUGGCCGGGAGAGGCCGGCAAUUAAGCUCAUUAGCGAGUGGUAGAUUACCACUGUACUUCAUGGGCUUUUUUUUCUUCGCGAGAGUUGAGUCCAAGAUUAAUAUUAAUGAUUCAUUUCAACAUGCCGAGCAUGAGGACGAUAAAGUACUUCAAAAUUCAAUCCUUAAAUAUUUAUGAAUUCUUAUGGAGAAAGUACAUUGGACUGUACAAAAUGUAUAUAGCUAGCUGUUAUGAUAACUGUAGAUAUAUUGGUAAAAUUUCAUGAAAAUAAAAAAAGAUUUUUUUAAUUACAA